UUCGGCGAUCGACCGCCAGCGACAACACCCAAGCAGCUCUUUGCACGCACUCUGUCUGGUUGUCGCACUCCCACACCAACAGAUAUACCUCAGCACCAGGCAAAGAUGUCGAGCCAAGAUGCGGCGCCAGCCCCGCAGUUCAAGAAGAAGAAGAGAAGGGGCAACCUCAAGAAGAGGGAGAAAGCCAGCAUGGAUGACAUUCUGAAGGCAGACGAAGACGUCGCGGAGAAGAUCGAGGCAGCCCUCGAGGAACAGAAGCUGAGAAGUCGGGAGCAGGGCAUCAGUGCCGAGGAAUUGGCCAAGCGUGACGAGGAAAUUGACGAGGAGGAAGAGCAGCUGAUUCAGUACGGUCUUCAAACAAAGAAGAGCAAGACUUCAGGCGGUGCGGACGAUGAUGCCAUGAAAGGAAUUGAAAAGGCAUUCGCAGAAGAGACUGGCCGGCUCGACAGAGACAAGGAAAUGCUGCAGUACAUCAAGGAGAAGCUGCAAGAGAGUGAAGGAAAAAAACCGACCGGCAAGCAGACGAGCAAAUAUGAGCAGAUGAUGGCGUCGCUGUACAAAGUCCCGGAACGGCUGCAGGAAGAGAAGCAGGAGGAGGAAGUGGAACGUGGCAUGCUGUCCAGCGCGGUUCUGCAGGGUAUUCCUGAAGUGAGUCUUGGCAUUGAUGAGAAGAUCAAGAACAUUGAGGAAACGGAGAGAGCGAAGGCCUCCAUCCAUCGCUCCAGAUCAGACAAAUUUACGAAGGUGCUCGGGCUGAGAAAGGUCGACUCAACGCUCAACUACGCAAACGCGCGAUUUGACGCAAUGGGUGCGCGGCGGCGUCAGGAGGAUGCAGGGGAGCUGUUUGACCGGGCGCAACAGCAAGCGUUUGACCAAGGUAUCACGGAGUCACUCGCCGUCAAGCCCGAACGCGAGCAAGAGGCAGCACGCAGGAGACAGCGCAGGGACGAUGGCCUGUCGUCGGAUGAUCGCGCGUUCAAUGCGUACAGACGCAGAUUCAAGCGAUACUGAACCCCUUGCGCUCGCACAGGUGCCAAUGUGUGUGUGUGUGUGUGUGUGUGUG